UGUAAUUUAUCAAUUCAAACAUUAGAAAAUUUACAUUACAAUAUUUUCUUGACUCUCUCCCUUGUAAACAAUGCUUAAAAUAAUGGAAUGAAGUUUUUCUUCUAAGUAAGUCUUCUUUAUUAUUAGACCUUAUCCACCAAAGCAAGGGGAAUAAUUCUCUCUAUAUAAAGGAGAGCGUCGAUACAGAUAUUACUAUAAUUCGUUCCAGAGUGCUAAUAUAUAUUAUCUAUUAUACGACAAUAAAAAAAUGCCUGGCGGCGGCGGUGGUAAGGGAGGCGGCGGCGGUGGUAAGGGAGGCGGCGGCGGCGGAAAUGGUGGUGGAGGUGGAAGUGGUGGUGCUAAAAGUGGUGGUGGAAGUGGAGGCUCUGCUAAGGGGAGCGGCGGCGGCGGCGGGUCAAUGAAGGCGCCAGGUGGCGGCGGCGCGUACAUUUCAAGGGGAGUCUUUGAGAGUAACCCACAGGGUUACUUCUCUGGUCUCCACUCUGGACAAAAGGGAAAAUGAUGAUGCUUUAAAAUAAAUAAAUAAAUAUUAGUGUGUGUGUUUUAAUUUUAAUGUUUUUUUUGGGUUUUAUUAUUUCGUUUUGGUAAGAAUUAUGGUACUUUUUGGAUCAUGUAAAAAAGUUUUACUACUAAGUUUAUAUGCAAAGUCAUGAAGUAAAAUAUGGAUGCAUGGUAUUUUGUUAUUAGUU